AUGUCUCUCUUCAAGCGCUCCAACAAGAACAAGACCGCCUCUGCUGCCUCGACCCCAGCUCAGACCCCUCGCACCUCGAUUCAAACCAUCCGUGAUACCACCGGUACCAAGAUGACCCCCGAGGAGGCCCUCUACAAGAUCUCUCACAACAUGAUGUCCAAUGCCUCGACCGCCUCCCGCGACUGGCACGACCUCUUCAAGCCCCAGAUUGUUCGAUAUGUCCGCUUUGCAGAUCUAAAAAAACAACAAACAUGGAACAUCCUUGACCGCGCCGCUGGAAUCCGAUCCCUCACUAUCGACAUAUCCGACGCUGGAUGGUUCCUUAACAACCCUUAUUCGCCUUGUGUCAACCUCCGGACUCUCCGCUGUGUCGACUUUGGAUAUCUCGAACCCGGUGACUACAACGACUACUACGACUAUAAUCUGGAUGAAGUCGGCGACCGUAAUCUGACAGGACGUCCAGUCGACUCAAACACCAACGCCCUGAAUUUGGUCCAGUCGAAUCUCAACCUGACCGCUCUCGAGGUGACACAUGAACGGCAACACUAUCGUGCCAAUCAUUUUACACCGGCCGUUUUCCUUUCUAUUUCCAAUCUUCAAUCCCUCUUGCUCAUCAAGAUUGAGCUGGAUGUUGUUCUCCCAGGGUCGUUCCUUUUUACCGUCUUGCAAUAUCUGCCGCAGCCCUUGGAGGACCUUUUGUUUUCAGUAAAGGGCUUGCAUAAACUAACAGGAACCUCAACCGCCGCUCAACCCACUUCCCAGCAACACCACUUUCUUCGACGGGUCACCUUACAUCCAUGUUGUUACUGGGAUGGCAACGAGGAUGACCAAACAAGCGAGGGUAUUCCUUUCAAUGAAGCCAUCAUUUCACUGGUCCGGUGCUCGCCUCGUUUGGUGGACCUCAAGGUCUCGAACUAUUGCGGGCAUGUAGCAGUGUUACUACAGGCCCUCGCCGAUCACUGCGCGGAUGUAGAGACUAUCGACUUUGAGGGACACAGUCACCCAGUCUUCAAUGCCGUGACUCUGACAGGAUCCCUUUUGCGCCUACGGGAGUUCCGACUAGCAGGAUACUACACAGCCAACAACGAAGACGAACGACAACUGGUCCCAACCUUCCUCCGCCGGUCAUCGUCAACACUCGAGGUGAUCUCGAUCGAACCAAGCUACAAUUUAUCCAAUUUUGCUACCAACCCCUUCAUGACCGCAGAAUGGAACUUUUGGCCCGAAUGCCCCCGUCUCCGAGAAUACGCGUUUAUACUCAAAACGAGCUAUUUUCAUCAAGUUGCGCCAGACUUCCACUCCAUCGAUGUCCUAGUCGAAUUGCUCUCACGACCGACUAUCGCCUGUAUGGAGCUACAGAAGCUGAGGAUCGGGAUCACGGAUUGCAGCGGAUAUGAGGAAUGUGGAUUCAUUAACGACGAUACCGGCAGCGGCAGCGGCAGCAGAAGUGAGAGAGAGGCAACAUCGCUACCACCAAAGGAGCCGGAGUUCACUAGGCAGGACCUGAGAUGGCUGGGCUUCCAUCGGCGUUGGCGUUCUGGCGAGGACAAGCAGCUAAACGUAGAGGCAGAUGCACAUGUAAAAAAGUUGCGGAGCGUCAAAGAGGAUACCCAGGACGAGAACGCAGGAACGGCAUGGGCACGCAGCUACAGACGUGUCGGUUGCAACUGGAAGGACUGGGAGAGCUUAGCAGGUCUCUAUGGUUGUGUUCCCACAAGACAUGGCAGGGCUCGCGACGUAUAUGUUGUGGACUGCGACCAUGUACACUGUCCAAACGAUAUGCCCUAUGGGAUGGAUGACGGUUUGGACAGCAACCAGUUCCAAGCCUACUCAAGCAACCCUCAGUCCUCUCUCACAACAACCCAAGAAACACUCAAGCCAACCAUGUCUCUCUUCAAGCGCUCCAACAAGAACAAGACCGCCUCUGCUGCCUCGACCCCAGCUCAGACCCCUCGCACCUCGAUUCAAACCAUCCGUGAUACCACCGGUACCAAGAUGACCCCCGAGGAGGCCCUAUACAAGAUCUCUCACAACAUGAUGUCCAACGCCUCGACCGAGUCUACCACAUCUUCUCCUGCUCAGACCCCAGUUCAGACCCCAUGCCAGACCCCGCGUACGUCGAUCCAGACUCUCCGUGAUUCCGGCAUCCAAUCGAACCCCGACCCCGACAAGAUUAUCCGCAAGACUACAAGGACCGCAAUGACCAGCGCGGCCAUUCCCAUGUCCGUCCGCUAA